CGUACGCAUAAGUAUUAUAUCGAGCGUACAAAGCAAACGCUAAAUUCUUUUUAUGUUCGCGGUAUGAGUUUUUCCUAAUUUUACAUAGCUAGUAUUCCGUUUUGCAUAGCUUGUAUUCCUGUUUUGCAUGACUCUGUAUUCCGGCAUUCCCACCUAUGCCGCACUGGUUGAACUACACGAUUGCGGAUUCUACCUGUGCAGAAGUAUCGAUCGUAAUGGUUUGUUUAGCAGUCAGCGUAUCGACAAAAUUCAGCAUCUGGUUGACAGUAUGCUUUGAGUAUUUUGCAAAGUACAUGAGUCUUCCAGAUCAUUUUCCACGGUGCAGCAAUGUCGCUUUUUGUGGAUCAAAAGUUAGAUUAUCCCCACCAAGUGUCAGGAUUUCCAGUCGGCUUAUCAUGGCAUUCAUCGUUAAAUACCAUUGCAUCCAUCUCUUACAACGACAACCUGCAGACUGGUUCGGUGCUGGUUUUUACUGAAAAUGGAGCAGUCGUUGCACUAUCGAAGCCCAGGAAUCGCAACAGCUUUCCAGAAUGUUUAGCCUGGCAUCCUACGAAAAACUGGCUCGUUGUUGGCUGGAAAGAUGGCAUGGUUUCCCAGUAUGAUUUCGAAAACGAAGGUGCACAUGAGCAUCUUGUCAGUAACAGCGCAGUAACAACUGUACUAUGGAAUGCGUCUGGAAACUUUUGCGUUGCUGUCAAUAAGAAUAAUCGAAUUUUUGGUUGGAUGGCCGGAAGCAAUGGCUUAUUCCUGCCUAAGCCAUCGUAUACAGCCGAUUCCCCGCAAAGUAUUUCCUGUAUCGUUUUCAUGGAGCGACUGCUGACUUACUCGCGAUCCAGGAAAUCUUUUGACAACACGGUUGGAUCGCUGGGCAUGCAGACCUCAUCCAAUCUCGAUGUUCUUGUCGGAGGAAAUCAAGGAGGUUUAUACAGCGUCACCGAUUGGCCAACAGUUACGGAAGUCAUACAGCUAGGAGAUGCAGUGAUUUCCAUGAAAUGUUUCGAAGUGGUUGGCAGUCGCAGUCGAACAGCGGUGGUGAUUACCGCUGCCAACCGUGUGAUACGCUACAGCAUUUCGUCAACUUUUGCACUGGAGGAAAAACUUACGAUUUCGCUAACAGGAAAAAGUCCACUGUCUUCGGUGUGUUGGUUGGGAAUUGAUCUUCUGGCUGUUGCAUCCGUGGAGGAUGUCAUUAAUAUCUGGGAUGUCAGCAAAGGCGAGAGUUUUCAGCUGGCAACCACUCAGCUGUGCAAAUCGGACACGACCGAACUCGUCCGAUCCGUGGCUUAUAAUUCCUUUUCCGGGACAUUGGCGGGCGCUACAAACAUCGGCAGCGUGCUGUUCUGGCAGAUGCACCCGAAUGCCCCCGACAACCAGACGUUUCGAUACGGAUUUUUCCCCUUGGGCUACCUGAAACUGACAGCGGAAGUGCGCACUUUCACCAGUAGUGCAGGCACUUCCGCUUUUGCGGCCAUCAGUGCCAAACAUGCCUACAUCCUGCAGCAGCGCCCACUGGCCUAUUCGUUUCUGUAUCCCUUUGUGGCUGUACAGUCAGCGGCUGAUGCAUUCUUCCUAGCCAACACCACUUCCCAGCGGGCAGCCAACGAAAAGGUCACCUUUGCGGUGGAUGGCCUUAUUGUUGGUGAAAAGACUGUGGUGGUGUGGGGAGAGAGUAAAGCGAUUCUGUACCAGAUAUCCAGUGAGACAGAGGAGCAAGGCUUCAAGCUGACGGAAAUGGGAUCAUUUGAGAAGAAAUACUUGGCGAUGGCGGUGCACGGCAGCAACGCUGUGGCUAUUACGAGCGACACGCUUAGUAUUUUAAGCAUGCAGGGGAUAACGAAAUUUGAGUUACGCGUGCAGUCAGUGGAAGGAGAUUUGCAGUUGCUCUCAGUGCGAAAUAGCAUGUGCGCUGUUGCCACAUCCGGUGGAUAUUUGAAAUUAUGGAAUCUAUCCAAAGUGGACACCAAACACUGGACGAAAUCUAAACUGAUCCGAGACAGUGUUCCGCUUUUUGGAGAAUUUUCGAUGAUCAACAUCAAUUCGGACGCUAGUUUCGUUGGAUUUCUCGUACAAAAGCUGGACAAAAUGCGGGAUACGUGUGUGUAUUUGUGGAAUACGGAACGCAAUGUCGUCCUUCACUAUGAGUGCUCACCAUCGAUUGAUCCUGCCGAAAAAUCUGUGACGUCCAAAAUAUCAUUAUGUACUAUUAAUAACGCCCGUCCGUUAUCCAUUGAAUGGCAAGGCGAUGAUCCGCGCAUGUUGUGUGCAUGCAUGGAAUCAAAGGACAUAAAAUCCGGAAAUGAAAAGAUUCACACUGUCAUUGCAACAUUUUUUUCUACAUCCGAGAAAGGACUGCUACUAAAUUCCAUUAUGACUUUAGAGGAUCCAGGACAAGUUCUAAUGUUAGGCUGUCAGAUCCCGUUUGUGUAUUUGUACACCAAUCCCACUACGGAUCCCGGCAAAUUAGCGAUUACUCGGCGAUUUUUACCGGAUUACUCGGGAUUUCAGCCGGAGAAUGUCGACGAUUUGAAGAUUGUGUUGGAUUUUAGCUAUUAUUCCUGUUUGGGUAAAAUUUCCGAAGCCUUAAGUGCAGCUAAAUCCGUAAAAAAUGUGAUGGUUUGGCAUCACUUGGCUCGGUUGUGUGUUCGUCUGGGAAAGUUGGACUACGCGAAAGUCUGUCUCGGCAAGUUGGGACGCGUGGAUUUACUUGAGGAUCUACGGCAUUUUGCCAAAGAUAAUGCUGACCCUGACCUCCAACUUGGCCGACUGGCAUUAAUGCUGCAACUUCCGGAAGAGGCGGAAACCAUGUUUCAACGAAAGGGAAGACCAGACUUAAUUCAGCAAUAUCGCCUAGCCAGUGGUGAUUGGAGUAAGGUGAUGGACAAUCUGUCCUUGUCGACCAUUGAUCGGCUUCGGCGUCGAGCUGUUCUCCAUAAUAUGGCACGGGAUGAUGUCCAGUUUGGCGAAGUUGAUGCAGCCAUAACAAGGUUAGUGGAAGCCAACUGCGAAGCCUUUGACGUGCCCAGGUUGAUGUUACGGAUGAAGCCAAAUGACUUGGAAAACUACAUCGAGAAGCAACCAAACCGGAAAAUCAUCACUUGGUAUGCUCAGUUGCUGGAGUCACAGAAUCAGCCGGUGGACGCUAUGGAAUACUGCCGAAAAGCCGGUGACAUUAAAUCCAUCGUGCGAAUGUUGACACAGACGGACCAGAUCGACGCCGCCAUUGAUUUGGUUAGAUCAUCUAAAAACUCCGCCGGAGCGUUUCAGUUGGCGCACACGCUUGAAGUAGAGGACGAAGUGGAUCCGCAGUUAAUCAUUGAGAUGUAUCUACUAUCCGAAGCGUAUUCCAGUGCCAUAAGGAUCUGCAUGCAAUACGAACUGGACGAUCAAAUUAUGCCGAUUGCGUUAAAAGGUGACAAACCAGGCAUGGUGGUAGCGGCGAAAUAUCUGGAACGCAGGGGAUACACUGAUAAAGCUAUCAGUCUCUAUCACAAGGCUGGAUAUCUGAGCCAGGCCAGUGAUUUAGCAUUCGAACAAGGCUAUUACACGAACAUCGAAACCAUUAGCGAAGAUAUUACCGAGCAUACCGAUCCUAAGUUAAUCGAACGAUGCGUGGAAUAUUUCGCUGGGAAUAACCAGGUGGAUCGCGCUGUACAAGUUCUACUUCGAGCCAGAAAAGUGAACGAAGCUGUUGAUCUUUCCAUUCGCUAUCAAAUGACGUUUGACGAACGAUUUAUCUCGACAAUCCUGGAACACAUUGCGGAAUCUAAAAUGGAUGCAUCCCAACGCGUGGUUGUUACAGAAAAAUUAGCGGGAAAAUGCUUGGAGCAAGGAUUGUAUCACGAUGCGGCGCGGAUGCUGAUAGAAAUUGGCCGACCGGAAGCUGCGAUGAACGCCAUAGCAAAAACCGGGGAUACCGACGCGAUCACACGAUAUAUUCGUAUCAUACGAGAUCCGACUGCUCUUACUGUUGCCGGUAAUAACCUUCAGGCUCAUCCGUGGCACCAGAAACGGGAGAUUUUUGACGCCAUUGUAUUGGCAUACAAGCGGGCUGGUGCGCAUCUGUACUUGGCCAGUUUCUAUGAUUCCUGGGGAGAGACGGCGUGCGAAUCCGACCAAUAUGACACCGCUUCCGAAGCAUUUGGAAAAAGCUUGGAUGUAAUGAAAUCUGUUAAUCCAACAAGAGAUAAUAGUGCUGAAUUGGAUAGAGCAAAAGAGGAGGUGGAAAUUAAGAAAAAAGUGGUGGAUUACUACCUUGAUGUUCGACACGAGGCAGAAAGUAAUGCUCCCGGUGCAGUUGCUGCCGCAGAAGAGCUUUUGAAACACACUAAAUGGGAUUCAGGAGUGCGCACCGGACAUGUUUUUGCUUUCUUAAUACGAAUGACUUUGAAAGAGCAGUCUUUUGCUAAGAGUCGAAAGUAUUUACAGCGGCUGAUGGACAGCUGCCCAGCAAGUCAAAGCCUUGCGGACUUUCUGGAUCAAAGUAUUAUCGAUAAAGUGACCCAACUGUGACUGCAGGGAAGCUGCACACAUUACCUACGGUACAAUCAGGAGUUGCUGUUUUUGGAAACAAGCGCGUUUCAUAUUGGUACUGUUUUCUCACUGCUGAUAGACAAACGUUACAAAAUAUCGUUUUCAACCUCUCACGGCAGUUUUAUUAAAAGUCGCUUUACGCUCUGCUUUUAGAUUGAUUGUAUGCCUUUCAGUAGAAUCUCAGCCGUCAUUUAAACUGGCGUUUAAUGGUCGUAACAGGUGGUGACGAAAACUCCCGUGUCUUUUGCAUUAAACCGCUGGUACUGUACUGCUAAAGCAGUAAAUCCAAAGCGCUACUACCUCAGCGCGACGCGUAAAACACUGUGAUAAAACUUAUUGAAAGCUUCGGUUCCCAGAGGAACUACAUUAAUUUUUUUCACCGUACUGAAUCAUGCCGAAUUCAUUCUGUCGGACCCAUGCGGUUGCAGUUCUACGGUACUACAAGUCCGCAGAGUGGGCAGUGCAGUCAUAAUGGAAUGUGCCGUGUCUUAGCAGCCGCUUUUCAGUAUCUUGACACAUUAAUUCUGUUUAAACCAGUUUUAAAGAAACUAAUUAGUAGUUAUUGUAGACCUAAGCUCCCGUAUAAAUUCAUUGGUGAAUACCACUGCCGUAUUCACCGUCGUAUUGGUGAACCUUAUUAUUAGAGCCGUGCCCUUAAAGAGUACUCGUACAAGUCGAUAAUAUAAUUGUGUUCAUACGGACUGUGAAUCUCAGAUAUUGAAAUAAUUUUUUCAUCAAUGAUUUAUCUUUUGUAUCCUUUUUCACGCUAAAAAUUGGUUGACCUUCCAGAAGCUUAUCGGUUUGGGUUAGUGUUAUCUGUUUUCCUUCGACUGAUUAUAACGACAU